AUUGACAUUGAUAGUUGAUAUAUCACUUGGGUUGUUCAUGUCCUCUUUUGACCCUUCUAUCUCCUCCUUUGCUUCUUCAUCAUUGUCAAUCACUGUGUUGAAAUAGAAUUAAACCUAAACCAACAUAAAAAGACCCUUCACCAGAGGGAAAAAAUGGGGCCUCUUGGAGCUGAAGUUGCAAGGAAGAAAGCAAUGUGGCUCUAUCCAAAGGUUUUAGGAUUCAAUCCUCCGGAGAGAUGGGGGCAUUCUGCUUGCUAUUCUAAUGGGAUUGUCUAUGUAUUUGGGGGAUGUUGCGGUGGCCUGCAUUUCAGUGAUGUCCUAAUGUUAAAUCUCAACACAAUGAUCUGGGACAAGAUGGAAACAACAGGACGAGGACCUGGGCCACGAGAUAGUCACAGUGCUGUUCUUGUGGAGAAUAAGAUGAUAGUUUUUGGGGGCACAAAUGGUUUGAAGAAGGUAAAUGAUCUUCAUGUAUUGGACCUUGUUUCAAAAGAGUGGAUACAGCCAGAAUGCAAAGGCACUUCACCUUCUCCUCGUGAAAGUCACACUGCCACGCUUAUUGGUGAUGACAAAUUGCUGAUAUUUGGAGGGAGUGGAGAAGGGGAAGCAAAUUACUUGAAUGAUUUGCAUGUUUUGGACCUUAAGACUAUGCAAUGGACUUCCCCUCAGGCAAAGGGUAAUAUUCCUGUCCCUAGGGACAGUCAUAGUGCUGUUGCAAUAGAUAACAAGGUUUUUGUGUAUGGUGGGGACUGUGGUGAUCGAUAUCAUGGAGAUGUUGACAUGCUUGACAUGGAAACCUUAACUUGGUCAAGGUUACCUGUAAAAGGCUCUUCCCCAGGUGUUAGAGCAGGACAUGCUGCAGUGAACGUUGGGACGAAGGUUUAUGUGAUUGGAGGGGUUGGAGACAAACACUACUACAAUGAUGUCUGGAUCCUAGAUGUGAGUGCUUGCUCAUGGACUUGCCUAGAUAUUUCCGGCCAGCAACCUCAGGGGCGGUUUUCUCAUACUGCAGUUGUUACAGAAUCUGAUAUUGCUUUAUAUGGAGGGUGUGGGGAGGAUGAGCUUCCUCUCAAUGAGUUGCUGAUCUUGCAGCUUGGGGCAGAGCAUCCAAAUGGUCGUUACAACAUUUCCAUGUGCAAAAUUUUUGGUAACCAUUGGAUCCAAGAGAAAAGGCGACUUCAAAGAGCAGAGGAGAGUGAUUUGCAGAAAGCAGGACUUUACAGUGCUAAUGAAUUGGUAAUGGGUCGAACUCAUGAACCAGAGCUAGAAACAAGGCAAUCUUUAAAAUUCAUUUCAGAUACCCUGCAUCCAAAGAGGAGAAGAGCAGCCAUUUCAAGAGCAUGGGAAGUUGAAUCAGAACAAGAAGAGCAUUCCCUUUCUCUCUCCCAGCAUUCAUCUCCUUCGCAAUCUGAUCAAGAACAAGCCCCAGCACAGAAAGCCACAGACUCUACGGGAUCUCAAGGAUUUAAUAUAUUCAAGCAGUUCCAUCAGAAAUCAAGUGAUUCUCAGACUAUCAAUGCUGCAGCUAUCCAGAGAACUCAACAAAAUCUACAUUUUUUACGAGAAUUUCAGAACCAUUCAAAACCAGAACAUCUUCAUCCUGUUCACAAUGGCAAACAAGGAACUCAUUGCCCAAUAACCGAGCAGAAAUCCCCAGAGACAGGGCCUAUUCAAAACAUGAUUGGUUCUGAAGUAAGAGGUAAAGUAGAUGCGGCCUUUGACUCAGGUUUCCUGAUGACAGCAACCGUCAAUGGAAAGAUUUUCAGAGGAGUCUUAUUUGCACCAGGAACUGGGAUCAUCUCAAAAGGAGCAAAGGUAGCUCAGAGUCCCGCAUCAACGAGCCAGAUUGCUCCUCAACCAUUCACAAACUCAAGCUGUGCAGAACCCUUCAAGCCUUCCCACAAGCCACUGUCACUCACUAUGCCAGAAUCCAGUUACAGCUUCCAACAAGCUCAGAUGAGCAGAACCUAUCCCUUCACCAGAGCUGCCCCAUCUGCAGCAAAGGAGCCAAAGUUGAGAAGUGAUCUUCAAGGAGUGGUUUUAACACUAGGAGGACCUGGUAGUGGCCACGGUUGACAUCUGAAUUUGAGAAUCAAUAUUUGACCGUUCUUUUUUCUCUCAUGUAAAUCUUUUAUAUGUAAGUUGUAAUCCAGGGUUUAUUAGUUAUCAUCAGUUUUUCUUUGCAUCAACUAUCAGUUUAAGCCUUCCAAUUAUCUGAUCUUU